AUGCCGAGACGUAAAAACAAUCAUUGGAAGCCGGUGAUAGGAGAAGACACACGUAUUGCUGUUAAUUUGUGUGUAAAAAAAUUGAUAGAAUCACCAGAUUUAAAAGAACUUGAAUUUCCAUCAUCCUACACUGCUGAAGAAAGAGCUUAUGUUCACAGUUUAGUUCAAGAGUUGGGCCUCAAAUCCAAAAGUCGGGGAAAAGGAGCAAAUCGUUUUUUGACAGUGUAUAAAAGAGAAGGAUCAACAAUUAUUCAGUCAGACCCAGUGUUAAAAAUUCAGAAAACAUCAAAGCAAGGAAUUUUUAAUUUAAUACAAAAGUUUCCUAUUAACAGUAAAGAACGUCAAGAUUUAUUACCACCGACUGAACGUGAACGAACUGUUGACAAUGAAGUAAUCGUAAACGCAAAAGCAAUGGGCCGCCUGAACAACAGCAUUCCUCAAGUGCCUCAACUGCGCACGAACCAAGACCUAGUAAGCUUCCGCAAAAGCCUCCCAGUCUACAGCUCUCGUGAAAAAAUCCUCGACGCCCUAUCAUCCAGCCAAGUAGUCCUAAUAGCCGGGGAAACAGGUUCCGGCAAAACGACCCAAGUCCCGCAGUACAUCCUCGAGAACUGCCAACAGCGCAACCAAGUCUGCCGAAUAAUCUGCACCCAGCCCCGCCGCUUAUCCGCAGUCUCCAUCGCUGAGCGAGUCGCUUACGAGCGUGACGAGAAAAUCGGCCAAACCUUCGGGUACCAAAUCCGGUUGGAAAGCCGCGUGGCUCCCAAAACUCUCCUAACUUACUGCACCAACGGCGUGUUACUCCGCACUUUAAUGGGCGGCGACUCCGCCCUAGCAACAGUGACCCACAUAAUCGUCGACGAGGUCCACGAGCGUGACAGAUUCUGCGAUUUUUUGCUAAUCGCCCUCAAAGACGCUCUAGUAAAAUACCGAGCUUUAAAAUUAAUCCUCAUGAGCGCCACAAUGGACACAAACAUCUUCUCAAAAUACUUCACUCAGUGCACUGUAAUAAACAUCAGCGGGCGCAGUUUCGACGUGGACACUUACUACCUUCAAGACGUUUUAAAAAUGACCGGCUAUAUGACCAAAGAAAUGUCCGCUAAGCGCAAAGAAUUGCUAAAUAAAAAAGACCAGCGCAAAGUUUUGGAAUCUUGGACCCAGUGUCCUCCUCAGCAGACAAAUUCUCGCCUUCAGUCCCACAAAAAUGUCUUACCAUCUCCAAUAUUAGGCCAGCAGAGCGACUCAGUCCCCGAAAAAAUAGAACUAGAACCCUGGCUGGCGGAAGAAAUGGACAAGAGCAUCUGCGACGCAUGGCUCGUCGGCGGAGAGGACAAUUUCACUCAACUUUUACACUUAAUCUUAUCAGAAAACAUUUCUGUGGAUUAUCAGCACUCAAUAACUCGCGUAACACCGCUAAUGGUCGCCGCAGGCCGCGGGUCAAUAAACACAACCGAGCAAUUGUUGAACCUAGGCGCAAACUUGACCAUCAGAGCGAGUAAUGAGUGGACUGCUUUGGACUGGGCGAGAAAAAUGAACCAAGUUGAGUGCACUGAGUUAAUAGAAGCCUACAUGAAGACCUACGAUUGCAACCUUGAUGACCAGCGCGACACUCAGCUAGAUGCUCCUUUAACUGAAGAGGAGAAAUUAAUCCUAGAUAUUUAUCACAACACUUUUAAUGAUGACAAUAUAGACUACGACCUCUUGUUACUUCUAAUUUUUCAUAUUCACUCUUCAAUGUCCGCGGGGUCCAUCCUAGUUUUUUUACCGGGCUACGACGACAUCGUUACGAUGAGAGAGAAGAUUUCUAAUGAAGAAAAAAGGUGUCUUGGGUUGAGAAUUAAUUUAUUUGUUCUGCACUCUAAUAUGCAGAUGAGCGACCAGAAGCGCUUGUUCAGACCUUGUGCGCCUGGAACGAGAAAAAUAAUUCUUUCUACUAAUAUUGCGGAGACUAGUAUCACUAUUGAUGAUGUUGUCUUUGUGAUAGACUCGGGGAAGGUCAAGGAAAAGUCUUUUGACGCGAUUAGCAAUGUGUGCACGCUCAAAUCCAACUGGAUUUCGCAGGCUUGUGCAAAGCAGAGAAAAGGAAGAGCUGGGAGGUGUCAAAAGGGAAUUUGCUACCGGCUUUAUUCUUCAGUGAGAUAUAAUAGCAUGCAGCCGUAUCAGACCCCGGAGAUUCUGAGGCUGCCGCUUCAGGAACUGUGUUUGUUUACCAAGCACUUGGCUCCGGGGAACACUCCAAUUGCGGAGUUCCUGGAACGCGCUUUGGAACCGCCGUCUAAUAUGAUCACUAGGAACGCGGUGCAGCUGUUGAAGUCUAUUGAUGCUUUGGAUGCUUGGGAAGAUCUUACGGAGCUGGGGACGCAUCUUCUGGACCUGCCGGUGGAACCGAGAUUGGGGAAGAUGCUGCUCUAUGCGGUGGUCUUGAAGUGUUUGGAUCCGAUUCUGACGAUUGUUUGCAGUCUGGCUUAUAAGGACCCGUUUGUGCUGCCGCAUCAACCGUGUCAGAAGCGUGCAGCUACCGCUGCUCGCAAAAAGUUUGCUGCUGAUACUUACAGCGACCACAUGGCUGUGCUCAGAGCCUUCCAAGCCUGGCAACAGGCAAGAGCUAGUGGAUGGGAGAGACAAUUUUGUGAUAAGAAUUUUAUUUCUUCGGCUGUUAUGGAGAUGAUUGUUGGAAUGAGGACCCAGAUGUUGGGACAAUUAAGAGCUUCUGGGUUUGUUCGAGCUAGAGGUGCUGGAGAUAUUCGUGACCUUAAUUUGAACUCUGAAAAUUGGGCUGUGGUUAAAGCUGCGCUCACUGCGGGGUUGUAUCCCAAUUUGAUACGUGUUGAUCGAGAGUAUGGACAGUUGAGGACUCAGAAAGAGUCUAGAGUUUUCUUGCAUCCUUCUUCGACACUGAGAGACUUUUCUAAGUCGGCAAGAACUACUUCUGCACAGAGUCACGCUGCUGGGGUUACAGGACUGCCCUCGGAUUGGCUGGUUUAUGAAGAGAUGAGUCGCUCAGGGAGAUUCUGUCAUGUCAAGACUGUUACUUUGGUCAAUCCGGUGACUAUUGCGCUUUUUAGCGGACCUGCGAGAUUACCUAUGGAUCUUAUUUAUGACACUGAAACGGUACCUGAGAGCGAGUCGGACUCCGAGGCGGAGGACAGUAGGGAAGGCAUGACUAUUUUGAAGCUCGAUGAUUGGAUCGCGAUGAAGGUUGAUUAUGAGACUGCGAGGCUGGUGCUUUACUUGAGACAGAAGUGGAACGCUUUGUUUCUCAGGAGAAUGAAGACCCCGAAUAAAAAUAUGACCCAGUUGGAUGAACUGGUGAUCAAGGCUGUUGUGUCGAUUAUUAGUAAUGAGGAGCAUGCUUGUGAGCUACAGCAACCGGCGGGGAUUGGGCAACGACCUAGACCUUUGAUUGUCGAUUAUUAUCCUGCUAAUGCUCGUAGGACUGAUGAUGAACAUGUAAGUUUUUUUUUAAGUAGUAUUUAG